CAGAAGUUUAAUGUAAAGUCUCCCCCUUUUUUUUUCCUUUACCAAAAAAGAAAAGAAAAAGUUGUGUGAAUUUCCAGCAAAGUUUGCUAUUCCUGCAAACUCUGCAGCUCUGUUCCGAGGAGGCUUACGCCUCCUGCUUUCAAACCGGAUCCAUUUCUGUUCCUCUCUUCCCUCUGCCGUGUCGGCUGUACAGUUUUAAUUAAAGGCAGCCACGGAGGAUACCGAACAGCUCCCUGCAGGGAUGUCUCUUUUCUUCCCACUGGUUGACAGGCAGAAAAAUCUUAUAUAUCGAUGCAUCUUGAGAUUGAUGUACAUUUUCCCACUCUUGAUUCUAUUAGCUGCUUUGGGAGACACACUUGAGACAGAAACGCCGCAAAUCCAGGAAGAAGCAGCUUUCCCCGGAUUACCUCACGGCAUUCCCCCGGCUCUCCGCAAUCGUGAGUUCCCACCACAUCCCCACAUCCGGAAGAAACGCUACACCCUUACGCCGGGGGAGCUCAAGUGGGACCACUUCAAUAUAACGUACAAGAUUCUGUCCUUUCCCAGAAACCUCAUCAACCAGAGCCAGACGAGGAAGGCGCUGGCUACCGCCUUCCGCAUGUGGAGUGAUGUCUCUCCCUUCAACUUUUGGGAGGUGCCACCGAGCGCACCCAGUGAUCUGAAAAUUGGCUUCUAUCCCAGAAACCACACAGACUGCUUGGAGUCCCACAUCCACCAGUGUUUCGAUGGCACAACAGGAGAGCUAGCCCAUGCCUUUUUCCCCCAGACCGGUGAAAUCCACUUUGAUGAUGAUGAAUACUGGAUUGUGGGCAACACUCGUUUCAGCUGGAAAAAGGUUGUCUGGCUCACAGACCUGGUCCACAUUGCGGCCCACGAAAUCGGCCACGCCCUGGGCCUCAUGCACUCCCUGGAUCCGAACGCCUUGAUGCACCUCAACGCUACGCUGACUGGGAAAAACACCAUUACGCGGGACGAGAUGUGGGGCAUCUUCAGGCUUUACGGCUGUAAAGAUAGAGUUUUCGUGUGUCCAACAUGGACUCGGAAAGGUUUCUGCAGGACACGCCCUAAGUUCAUGAAAAAGCAUUGUCCGUACAGCUGUGAUUUCUGCGUGGAUUUCCCUUUCCCAACGGUGGCCCCAACUCCUCCUCCCCCAAGGAUGAAAACAAGAAUCAUCCCAGAAGGCAGGAACAUCACCUUCCGAUGUGGCCGGAAGAUCAUGCACCAAAAGGGCAAAGUUUACUGGUAUAAAGACAAGGAGUUACUGGAAUAUUCCUAUCCUGGCUACGUCUUUCUUGACAAUGACCACAUGAGCAUCAUUGCCAAUGCAAUUAACGAAGGGACCUACACUUGCAUUGUGAAGAAAAAGUCGAAGGUCCUGACCACCUAUUCCUGGAGAGUUAAACUGAAACAUUAGCUGAGGCCCUUUGCAAAGACUACAGAAACCGGGAUGGUUCUGCCCCAUGUCGGACUUCUCCUCCUCUCUGCCGUCUGUAUAUCUUACUUUCAGCGACGCGUCUCAACCUACAAAAGCAACAAUCCCACCACCCACUCUGGGCACUUGUGCAAGGACACUGGGACUUCCUCUACCAGAGAUGAUCACUUCCAGAGAAGACGAGUGCAAACCGUGUUAGAAGGUCUGUGUGCUCUAUUUCAACAGCUCCGCCUUUCUCAACUGUGGUGCCCCGAUGCCAGGGCCGGCCCGCCCUACCAUUAAGAAGAGUGAUGCCGUAGCCUCAGGCGGCACGUGCUGGGAGGUGGCAGCAUGCUGUAGGAGGAGAGGGCUGGGUCUGCACCCCCUAAGUUAGCCUGCUGCCUCCCAGCAAGAAGGAGGGUUUGUUGCCAAUGUCAAAGAAAAUUCAACCAUCAGCCCAGGUGUUUUUUGUACAUACAAUGGGAAGGCGUGCCAUCUUGUCCUCAGUCUGCAAACUUUCUUGGGCCAGACCUGCCAGAUGCUGUGAGUCUAGAAUUCCCACCCUGCCUGCCCUUUGGGCACACUAGCUGGGGAUGAUAGGAACUGUGGUGCAACAUAAUCUCGGGACGUUAGCUUGGGAAAGGCUGCCUAAAUCAGGGGUGGGUAGAUUCAUUGGUAGAUCUCUGAGUGAUUAAUACUAGUAGAUCAGCAAUUCCCAAUCAUUGCACAAGUGCAACAACCAAAAAGCGUUUUUUUUCCUCCUGAAUUAGGUUGCUGGAAAGGAAUGAUGAAGGGAAAACCAGGAGUGGAGUUUUGGGUGGAAGGGCUGAAGAGCCUGCUGCUGGUCCUAGUCACAAAUAUCUAGGCUAGGAGCCCAGAGA